UGUCUCAGUCAUUUUAUAAUUAAACACUAUAAUACGUGAUUAUUUUAUCACUAUAUAUAAUGUUAAUAAUACUAUAAUCCAAAAUUUAUUCUAUCACAUUCACACUAAUUAUAUAUGCGAUAUCAUAAAGUGAUUUUGAAAAUCAUUCACCCAAAUAAAUGUGAGCAGCAACAAGAAGUUGCAUACAUCUUGAACACUUAAAACCUUACGCCAUUUGUUUCAAAAUGAAAAAUCGGUCGAAUAUUUGUCUUUCUUCAGCAUAUCCACGUGGCAUAUUCUGGCGAACAUGAAAUCAUGCAAAAUCAGUCUAUAAGUUCAGAAGAAAUCCAGUCAUGGAUAGUACUGCUCUCUAUUUUCGCGUACUCCGACAGUCCUGUCCAGACGGUGGUCGGCGCACCUAUCUCCGCCUGCCGGAAUGGAGAGUCUAAACUUAAAGGUCGACAUGAACCCCAACAAGAUACACGACGUGGAGCCAAAAGACACCUACCAGAUCGCAUACAUGAUCCAUUUCUUUCUUGGUGCCGGCUAUUUAGUUCCAUGGAACGCUUUCAUCACCGCCGUCGACUACUUCCAGUACCUUUACCCCACCAAACACAUCAACAAGGUUUUCUCCGUUGGUUACAUGAGCGCCGCCGUCACCGUGCUUCUCACCCUUCUCUGUUGGCCCAAAUCAUGCCGGAUUCAGCUGCCGUCGGUGAGAACCAGGAUGAAUGUAGGUCAGGCUUUGUUUAUUUCAGCUCUCAUGGUGGCGCCGGUGACCGACUGGAUCGAUCACGGGAAUCAAUCCGAAAUAGGAUCAAAUGUCGCAUUUGUGGUCCUUGUUUCAAUGGUAAUGGUCAGCGGCUUAGCCGACGGUCUGGUGGGCGGAAGUUUAGUCGGAGCCACCGGUGAACUCCCUGGACGCUACAUGCAAGCUGUUUUCGCCGGCAAUGCCACCGCCGGUCUUAUGGUUUCAAUAUUGAGGGUUAUUACAAAAGCGUCACUUCCCCACACUCAAAAGGGACUCCGAACAAGCACACAGAUCUACUUCGUGUUCAGUGCUCUCAUCGUACUCAUCUGCGUCAUCUGCACCAACGUGUUGGACAAACUGCCGGUGAUACGAUACUACAGGAACAAAUCCCGGAAUGAAGCCACCGGACACAUGGCAAUCGGGACACAUUUUUGUGUGGUGGUGAAGAAGAUCCGGUGGUUCGUGACGGCGGGGCUUGUGAUCUACAUAGUCUCGUUGUCGAUAUUCCCAGGUUACUUGAGUGAAAACGUUAGUUCCGAUUAUUUCAAGGAUUGGUAUCCUAUAAUUCUGAUUACAACGUUUAAUGUUGGUGAUUUUUUGGGGAAGUGUUUGACGGCGAUAUAUUUGCCACGGCGGAGUAAGGGGGCGAUAUGGUGUUGUAUGGCGAGGGUGGUGUUUUAUCCGUUGUUUAUGGGGUGUAUACAUGGACCAAAAUGGAUGGGUAGUGAAGUUCCGGUGAUCGUUCUGACAUUGAUGCUUGGUGUGAGCAAUGGGUAUCUAACGAGUGUACUUAUGAUUCUUGCGCCGAAGUCGGUUCCGGUGGAGGAGUCGGAGGUUGUUGGGAUUGCUAUGGAAACGUCUUUGGUUGUUGGAUUAGUGGUAGGAUCGGCUUUUGGUUGGUUGUGGAACCUGCUUUAAUUCGACCAUGAUUUAAAUGGUUAUGUGACUUAUGUCAUCUUAAUAAAUUAGCAUUUUAGUUUUU